AUGGCAAAGACAACCAGCAUGGUCUGCGUCCUCCUCCUCCUCCUCGCCACGCUGUGCUGUCGGAGCCUGGCUCAGAGAGGCCCAGCCGUGCCGGACAAGUGCUGCUUCAACUUCCAGACAAGAAGGAUCAAGAGAGACAACGUCGUUGCUUGCUACCCCACCAGCCCAGAGUGCCCACACCAGGCAGUGAUCUUCAAGGUGAGGAGUGGGAAGGAGAUCUGCACCCAGGCAAGCAGAGCUUGGGUAAAGAGGUACCAGCAGAGCUUCCAAGUCAGCUCCUACUCCAUCCCCAGCUAG